AUGGGAAUGGGAAUUUUUAAAAACAGCUGCGACGACACUUUUCCUGAYAGCGACUCAGAUUGGGACAGYCUCCCAGGAGACCCUGAGCCACCAUCAGAGUAUGAGGUCGCACCYAGACCCUCACAACCACCCAUGGCUCCAGCUCCACCAAGMAGUAAAUCUCCUCGUACGCAACCACAAAAUGGCAACAGCACAUCUACACCAAUUAGAAAAGCAGUCAAAACACCAUCSAAAGGAAGCAUCCCCAGUACAGAGUCUACUAAUAAGCCAAAUCAAAUGUAUGGAAAAACUUCAGGGGUGACAUCUUUUGUWGAUAACAGUAGCCAUUCCAUAAGAACUCUUAAUGACAAAAAUGGGAGCAAGAAAGCUAGUGGAGAAUCAAUAAAAUUGGAUUCAAAUUCAAAUACUGUUGUKGCGGGUACUGUUGGUAAUAAUAACAAAAAAGCCAGUGCAUUAGAACUGAAGGAGUUGGAUUUUAACCCUGUCAAAGAKGGGCAAACAAAUCAAGGCUUUCAGYUAACUGAAGAACCUCCAUAUACAAACUUCAAAGAUGCUUUGCCUGCAAAUGAUGUAAAAGAGUCCUAUAGUCCAGAACAAAGACGAGGUAGAAUCAAGUCUGCAUAUUUAAGGGGCAAGACCCCCGAAAAUCUAGAUGAUAUCUCACAUCUCUCAUCACCAAGAGCUGCAAAUGAUUGGGAUCAAAGAAAUCAUGAAGAUAGACAGUUUAAAAUUGACCAGUUUGCUGUGACACAAGAACCAGUGGAUGGACAUGGACAUAUUGUUGAAAUGRAUGGUGAUGUAGGCUGUUGUGUUCCAUAUGAAAAGAAACAUGGAACAGGUUAUACGUAUAUCUUCAACCAUGGUAAAACAAAUUACUUGAAUGUUGUGCCAGAAUGGAGAGACCCUUACAUGAAAUCACUAGGAGAAAGAACUGAGAGAUGGCUGACUUACUUCUGGCAAGAAUUCUUUGGAUUAGUAGCUCUUGCAGURGAUUUUGCACUAAUCUUUCUCCUUGAACUCAUAAAAUUCACCUUUCGUAAAGUGCUUGUUAGGCUUUUAGUUGGUUUUAUUGUUGUAUUUGGAGACCAUCUUCUGAAACCAGUUCUGGCAGCUGUAUUCAACAGUUUACUCCAACCGUCGCUAACAUUUUUGUGGAAUGUAUUUCUUGGAAUUCGAAAUGGUGUCAGACCAUUGCUUGAUAUCACAAGAGAGGUCAUUCUUCAAAUUACAACUUUGGUCAAAGGGUUUAGACUCUUUGAAUUGAACUGGAAGCCCACUUUUUCAAAUACAGAAAACAGUUCCCAGAUUUUAUCUGGUCAGUUUGCAUAUCGACAGCAAAUUAAGGAGGUAUAGCUAACUUGUAAAAUAGGUUUUGUUUAUAAGUAUUAAGGUCAAAAAAAUGGAAAAUUGAAUGUAAAAUUUUAUGAUUAAUACAUUUUGGAGAGGAGAAAYAUUAAGGAAGACCCCUMAAGCAGUUUUCAGAUUGUUAGGAAACCAAGUUGUAGAUUUUUUAUCAUUUGGCUGAUGGUUUUAGAUUUUUUAUCAGUGUACAUAAUUGCUUACGUUAUCAUAUUUUUAUGAAGAUUAUUUCAGAGUAUUUUAUGAAGUUUUUGGAUCAUUACCUUAGUAUGUUUGAAAGUUUGAAAUAAAACAAAUGAAAGAUACUAA